GUGUUCAACGCAGGCUUUGCUGGACAGUGGGCGUCAGAAACCUUGGCACCCAAUAAGAAAUUAAGCCUGGAAGCAGUCCAACAACAUGGCUCUGCGCUGCCAUUUGCCUGUGCGGAACUCCGAAGUGACAAGCAGGUCGUCAUGGAUUCAGUCCGGCAGGAUGGCUAUGGAUUUGGUGAAGAGCUCAGAAUAGGAUCUAGCGCCUCGGCCACAGCUAGCGGCCCACUGAAUCUUUUGAAGUGUGUGGUGUCCUUAGUGGAUAGACGUGCAGCGCCCAAAAAGAAUCGGCAACUUCUGGUGAGUCGCGGCUGCGAGACUUGCUUAGGUCAAGAAGAGGUGAAGAAGCUUGAAAUGGAAGGUUCGAUGUUUUUUGCCAAGUUCACAGCACAACUGCAGACACGAGAUGAAGAAAUCAACCUUCUCGGGAGCAUCUUGGAUGAACAGACCAUAGUUCAGCCAGCAAAGAUUGCUGCAGCGUUGCAGGCGAACGCGGGACCAUGUCCAUCCAUGCUGCGGCUAGUCCUCCGCCGUUUCUGGCGCAAUCCUGCUUCAGUGCUGCUGGUGUUGCGGCUGCUCGAGUACUUGGUGUCUUUGUGGGCCAGGUGGCGACGGCACGUGCACUCCAAAAGGCAGGUCUUGAACCCAGAGGAUGAGCUGGAGCUCGACUUGGUCCAAGGCCGGUGGGCAAAAGGAUCAGCGGAUGUGAGGUGCCUACUCACUGCUGAGAAUCUUCUCAACCUUGGUCGUGUUGAGAAGAGAACGCUCUUUCAGGUUUCAGCAAAGAAGCUCUUGGCCAAGAAUGAGCAUUUGCUGGGCAUUCUGACAAAUGCAGCGCAACAUUGCCAUGAGCAGAGUCACAAUUGCCUGGUCACGCGCUGGUUGCCCCCCAAUGAGCGAUAUCAUAUCCUGCAGGCCUCAGUCAAUGCCAUGAGUUCCAUGUUUGGUCCCCAGUAUGUGCACCAGAAUGCCUUGGGCCAAUCUGGUGCAGACCUUUUCAAGUCCACUUGGUACUGUGUUACCAUCAUGACACCAACCCGUGCAGAGAAUCACCUUCCAUCCGAGCAGCAGGUUUCCCAGACUUCUCAGAGCUUGGAGACCUGCACGUUCACGGACAUGACGCGAACGCCACGGCCCACCCUCCGAAUCGUUAUUGUGCAUGAGUCGGAAAUCAGGGCAAUCGCUGACGGAAAGUUGCAGCCACCAAGCUGGGGCUUUUUCAACAGCCGCCAUGCCGAACGCUACCGCAUGCUCUGUGACUUCAGUCGGAAUUUCCAGCAGCAGUUGAUUCGAACUCCAGCAGAUUCCUCAUCAAUGAGUUCCCGCAGUCCUUUCACAAGCGAACGGACGCACAAAUCGGAACACGAGCGCAAGCCUGAUGGCGGAAUGAUGAAACGAGUAGUGUCUCAGCCCAACCUGCAGAAAGCGGGUCUAAACCGACCCUUGUCCAUAGACCGCAUCAAAGGUCGCGGCGAAGCAAGCAUGGUGGAGAGAUUGAAGGAGGCUGCGGCCUUGGCAGAUGAGAAGGAAAAAUCCCUGGGAGCAUCGGAUGAGAACUGCGGUGAAUUGGAAAUAAGCAACCCUUUUGAAGCACUAGCAGACACCCGCACGAGCCCAGAUGAGACAAACACCCACCACCUUGUUCAAAUGACCCACGCCCUCAUGCAGAAGAUGGAGCACAACCUGGUUCAAAAGCUCGACCUGAUCCAGGCACAACAGAAGACCAUCUCGGACACAGUUGACUCCCACUCUGCCCAGUUAGCCACCAACUCAUUGGAACUCACGUCCAUUCAGUCCCGCCUGCAAGCCCUUGAGAGUACCCAUAAUGCCUCAUCAGGCGCCGAGCCAUCCCAGAUCACCAAGCUCCAGCUUGAAGUUACCAGCCUCGCCCAGCAGGUCCAAGACAUCACGCGUCAGCGCACACCAUCAGCACCACCACCAAUCAUAAACCCACCCAAUCGCAGUGAAGCGCCCAGGGCGGCCACCUUGUCUCCACACCGCUCACGAGCCGGCACCAUUUCCCCACAGAUGGCCAUGGACUUGGAGGUGGAUUGGAACAGACUAAUCAUUGGUGGAUGGCACCUCGACACCAGACGGGAAAAGGUUGAGGCCGAAGCCCGGGACCUCAUCAAGAAGCUUGGCAUCCACGAGUCAGUCACAGAUGUGAUCGUGUAUGGCCGCAGGGCCUCUGCUUGCCAUCUGAUCCUGACCCCCCAGCCAGCAACAGAAGCAAAACGCCGCAUGAUCGCAUGGCAGACACAACACAAGGACCAACACACAAUACCCAGUUCUGGCAAGGCUGCUUGGAUGACCCCACACAAGAGCGCCCAAAAACGGCUGAAGAACCGUGCCACCAAGUAUGCAGCCAACAUCCUUCAACCCAUCCUCGACCACGCCAGCCCUGAACACCUUGACAUAGACUGGAACAAGCAAAUCCUUUGGUAUCGGGACAUGCGAGUCAUCGCCUUCAGCAAAUCUGAUCUCCUCCUUCCAUCUGGCUCUGGCAGACCUGUGCAUGAAGCCCAGUACGUCGACCCCCGCAGUCAAGAUGAACUGCCAUUCUUUGUAGACCUCACCAGGUUGUCCAAACUCACCGGCAAAGAAAUUCCUGCGCUCCAGCGAAAGCUUACCACCGAUGGCUUCUUGGCUGCCGAUGACCCCAAUGUGCAGCUGCACGACGAGUUGCGCGACUACUGGAUUGUAGCCACUGACCAACUCAGCAGCCACCAUGGCCAAGCCAUUCUGGUGGACAAAACCUUUGCCAGUGCCGUGCUCCACACCCUUAAGGGGACGAGGUUCCUCGGCGCCCACAUUCUCCACAAAAGCGGGCUUCGACUUUGGGUGUUCUCCGGCCACUUGCCACACCACCACCAACCACUAUCCGACUACAGUGCUGCCACCACUGAAUUGCAGCAGUUGCUCCAGCGAACCCAGCACCUUCCAACCUUAGUAGUGGGCGAUUGGAAUGCCACUCCUCACCGGGAACCCAUGGAUGAGCAGGCCCUCGCACUCGCCUGUCUCGAAGCCGAAGCACAGCUCAUGUUUCGCCUUCCUGAGCAGCCCACCUGGAAACACAGAGUGUACGACUUCGUCGGCUUCACCCCCGCCUUCGAGCGCUGCAUUGCUCCCUCCUGCCUGCCAACCUCCCCCCUUAUUGUCGAAGGCAUGGACAGCCUCCUACCUUCUGACCACAAACUGAUCACCUGGGAAACCACUUUCUUCCAACCUCCCCAACGGCAAGGCUACCGUCACAAGCAGCACACUGGCCGCUGGCAAGUUGACCUGCAGCGCCUCCAACGCAGCCUUGAGCACCAAUCCGCCACACCUGACUGGCCACAACUCUGCCGCCUUGCCCGCCAGUGUCAAUAUCGUCUCCCCAGUCGGAAAUUCCAAGAUUCUCCAGCUCUUAAGGAAUUGUGCCGUGCCCGCAACGCCACUGCCAAUGCUCUUCAACGUGCAUCCCUGUCGCGCCACAUCAUUGCGACUCGACGUGCUGAACGGGCUCAAUGGCUCUCUGAGCUGCACACCUCAGCCUCCUCAGGUGAUACCUCGGCAAUCGCUUUCCUCAAGGCGAAGCACCAGCCAACCGCCAAUUGGAGCCACCUCAUAGCACAUUCCGGCAGCCUACAGGGAGCAAUACACAACGUAAAAAACCACUUCCAAGAAGUCUUCAGCAACACCCCCAUUCCCACCCGGACAGCCGACUGCUCCCAUCACAUCGAAGCCCUACAAGCACACAUGGACCAAACCGAGCCAACACCCCUCCAACCUGAAGAACUUAGCCUUGCCCUUGCAAACCUGAAGCUUGGGAAGACAUCCGGGGCAAGUGGCAUGUCAAAUGAGUUCCUCCUGGCAAUGGGAAGCACUGCCACAGGGCACAGCAUGCUUCUCAACUUGUUGAAUGCAAUGCUCAUCGAUGGUGACAUCCCGCCUCCCCUUCUCACAGGCAUUGCGUGCUUGCUACCAAAGACUCCGGGUGCCACCGCUGCAUCCCAGAUUCGUCCCAUCCUUCUCCUUGAAGUUUUGCAAAAGCUUUUCGCGAGCAUUCUGAUGCGACGUGGCCAACCCAUUGAGGCUCUGUUCGCCGCCCAUCACAUGAUUGCCUUGGCCAAUGUCACGGACAAGAACCCUCUUUUCCUCAAGCUCGACAUCAAGGGCGCUUUCGACAAUCUUCGGCAUGCAAGUGUGGCUAACUUCUUGGCCACCCUCCCACCCCAAGUAUCGCAUGAAGCCAUGCGCCUGAUGCAGCUCCUCCUGGAUCAGACAAUCCAAUUUUCUUUCCUUGAUGCUCAUUGGGAAACGCACAGCUCCAACGGCACACCGCAAGGAGGAAGCCAUUCCGCUGGGCUUUUUGCCCGCACACUCGACCACGCCAUCGGAAACUUGCUGCAACAAUGGGAAGCUCAGGGUCAUGUGCCUCUGUUUCCCCCACUAUGGUUGCUCCUCUUUGUGGACGACAUCCUCAUGUGCUUCAGCAGUUGGACACAAGCACUCCGGCUAUUGCCUUCCUUUGUCGACUGUCUUGCUCAACUUGGCUUGCACAUCAAUCCCACCAAAAGCUGUCUGGUUGUGAGCCCGGGUCUGAGAGCUUCUUCCCCGCCACGUCACCAGCUAGGCAUCUUGCACCAAUUUCCAUGGGUGGAACACACAACCUACCUACGCAAACCCUUCGGAUACAACCUGGACCCUGACGCUUUGCCCCAUCAAGCCAUCCAGUUGAUUCAUGCGGCAUGGGGCAGACUCCGGCCAGUUCUCAAGCGAUGCCACUGGCGACAUCCUGCAACAACUUGCAAGAUGCUUGACCAGUAUGUUGGGAAUUCCUUUCUCUGGUUGUCCCCUGUCCUGUACCCGCACCAGAUCUUUCGAACCAAAGUGAGCAGAGUACAGACCACGCUGAUGAUUGAAGCCCUAAAUCUCUACGUCCCGGUCCUGACAGAUGACGAGGCUCUUCACAACCUUCUGCGCCUUCGCCGACAUCUUGUGAAGAGAUGGAUUCUGCAAAUGGCACCCUCAGGAAGUUGGGAGAUACAAUAUCUCCGCCGAUAUUGGUCCUUUCUGGGGCACAUUUGCCGCCAAGAGUUUCAGAGCAAUCGCCCAGCCAAAGUGAUGUUGCAUCAUCUCAUUGCACAACAUUCGCACAAGCUAAAUCGCCCAGGCUUCUUGCGUUUGCACGUGCCUCACUACGUGGGCCCCAGCAACUUCCAAGCCAAGUCGUCAAGUCAUGGGAGCUCAGGCGAUCACGGCCAUCAUGGUGGCAUCCACGGUUUGAGGGACAACGGCGCGCCGGUCUCUCCAAUGACACCGCAGAAUCCAUGGGAUUCCAAGAAGGUGACAUUGGCAGUGCCAUAG